UCGGGUCGAGCUGCUCCUCCCUCGCGCGGCCGCGGGGAUCGCGCGCGGAAGCUUCGCCGGGAUUUCCCGAUCUGAUCUCACUCCCGGGCCCCACACUCUCUCUCGAACGAGGAAGGUUCCGCGUCGUUUCGGAUCUGCUUCUCCGAUUGCUCCGGAUGUAGCUGGCUCCUCGAGCUGGUUCUGGAACGGUGCGGGUCGGAUCUGUGCGCUUCGAGAGCAAGAGGAAAAGCAAUUUUCUUUGACUGUAUAGGGGUGUAUUGGCAUACUGAUCCUUUGGGUUUUGCUCCGGGAUGGCAGUUUAUCCGGGAGGGGUUGAAUUCGGUGUGAGCGGAUUAAGAUGUCGUUCAAGAGCAUUGUCCGUGAGCUGAAAGAGAUGAAGGACGGAAUCGGUAAUGUAUCGAGGCGGGGAUCGGCGGGGAGGCGUUGGCGUAGCCGCACGCGGUCGCACAUAGCCCCGGAUCACGCGGCACCGCCUCCGACGUCGGUUGAACAAGGGCGGUGGGCGAACCUACCGCCUGAGUUGCUUCUGGACAUCAUUCAGAGAGUCGAAGAGAGCGAGACAUCAUGGCCUUCUCGUGCUGUGGUGGUAUUUUGCGCAUCGGUUUGCAAGUCGUGGAGAGAAAUCACCAAAGAGAUUGUUAAAACUCCUGAGCAAUGUGGAAAGUUAACGUUUCCUAUAUCCUUAAAGCAGCCGGGACCUCGCGAAUGUCCGAUCCAGUGCUUUAUCAAAAGGGACAGAGCUACUUCUACUUAUUUGUUGUACUUUGGUUUGAUUCCUUCUGAGGAUGAGAGAGAUAAAAUGUUAUUAGCUGCGAGAAAGAUUCGGAGGGCCACAUGCACAGAUUUUGUUAUAUCUCUGGUUGCAGAUGAUUUUUCUCGGGCUAGCAGUACAUAUGUCGGAAAAUUGAGGUCUAAUUUUCUGGGAACCAAGUUUACCAUAUACGACACCCAACCUCCAUGUGAAGCGGCUAUUCAAUCAAACAGUCGGUUGAAUAGAAGGUUCAGUUCUAAGCAGGUGUCGCCAAGAGUAUCCGCAUGUAACUACAGUGUAGGCACCGUCUCUUAUGAAUUGAAUGUCCUCCGCACUAGAGGGCCGAGGAGGAUGCAUUGUGUCAUGGACUCCAUUCCUAUCUCUUGCCUUCAAGAGGGUGGUAGCGUCCCAACACCAAGCUUGUUUGCUCACUCCUUCGAUGAACCGUCUUCUCCGUCACCUGCCUCAAAAGGAAAAGACAAGGUCACAGAAUUUAGCUCCACAAGUCUCUUAGAUAUUCCAGUUCCUGUUCCGGGGUCAGGUGAGCCACUGGUUCUCAAGAACAAGGCGCCUAGGUGGCACGAGCAGCUUCAGUGCUGGUGUUUGAAUUUCCGGGGACGCGUUACGGUUGCAUCUGUUAAGAACUUUCAGUUGGUGGCGGCUGUUGAUCCGUCCCACAAAAUUUCGGCUGCAGAACAAGAGAAGGUCAUCCUACAAUUCGGAAAGAUCGGGAAAGACAUCUUUACCAUGGAUUACCGCUAUCCACUUUCUGCUUUGCAAGCCUUUGCAAUCUGCUUGAGUAGCUUUGACACCAAGCCAGCAUGUGAAUGACAUGACACUUACUUCAGCUGGACAUUGUGGACAGUGUUUUUACUAUUUAACUCCGAGCGAACGCACAAGCAUAAUCAUGACAUGUGGAAGUUCGUCUGGCAAAUCGACGGCGGAGAAUCUUCGCUGAGCAUCCAUAGCCACUCUAUUGAAGCUGGGGAUUGUGAAACUGAAAGACAACUUGUAUGUUAUGUUUGUAUGGCACGGCUGUAAUCAAGUCUCCUAAGGUGUAGCACACUUUGGAUGUAUGUUUAUUAGCUGGCUACUUGACUCUUAAUUAUCAAAACUCUCGGAGCCUCUGAGCUUCUGAUUACAUCCUAGUUAUUGCUCCGGCGGCACAUCUUUAAUGGAAAUAGGGUUGUGAAUUCAUGCCUCA